AUGGCCUCGCAAGACGGCGAUCAAGUCACCAGCUCGCCUCCGGUCGACUUGCACACAACCGAUGCGAAUGAUGGAGAAAAGUCGGUGGCUUUCGCUGACGUGCAGGCCACCCAGUCCGACCGAGAUGGGACGCCCCCCGAUGCGCCCGAGGACCUUGACGAAGAGUCGGCCCUGAAGAGCCUCAGCGCAAACGUCCGCGAUCAAGAAGACCUCGAGCGCGACAUCUCGCACCAAGCAAGUCUUGCGCUGAUCGAAGCCGAGGACGCCAAGGACAAGAACCGUAUUGCCAGGGCUGAAGCUACCAAGUCAAAACUCCUGACUAGGAAGCAGGAUCAACAACAGAAGCUGCGGAGAGCCUGGGGAAAUACGCCCUUGAAAGAAAAGAUCCAGCAAGAGAUUGCUCGCAUCGAUGCCGAGAUCGAGCUGGUUGACAAGGACAUUGCGGAUUUCAACGCCCGAAUCGAAGAGAGACAGCAAGCUGGCGAAGAAGAUGAAGGUGCGGCCGCUGCAUCGAAAGGCAAGUUGCCUGGUGAAACUCAAAGGGAGUACCUGAUUCGCACUGGCAAGAUCACGCCUUUUGCAAAGAUUGGUGGCCCGAGGCCAGAUGGUGUACAGGGUGAACUCGCCGAUGCUAUCAUCGAUGCCGAAGACGAGGCCGUCGCCGAGGAACUGGAAUUGGAGCAAGCAGCCGACCAGCCGCGGUCCCACCGCAAUCUGCGGCUCCCAGGCUUCGCCGAAGAGGAAGAGGAUGCAUCUGCGGCCAUCGUCGAGAACGAGUUUUCCCUUCGUCCCCGUAAGAAGCGGAAGGUCCAAGUUGACGCUGCUUCAUCUGAUGAGUUCGAACCAAGUAUUGCCUCCGCUGCCUCGCCUGGAUCUCUCUCCGAGGUCGGCUCCGAGGAGUAUGAUAUGACCGACCUCACUCGCACUACCCCUAGAAAAACGCCCAAGAGCUCUCGGAGUAACGAAAAGGCUGUUGAUUUAAGCAAAUUUGACGAUGGUGACGAAUCGGCCUACCAGACGCGCCUCUCUGACUGGGUCGAGCGCAGAAGUCGAGCUCGGAGACGUAGGCAAGAGAACAAUGGGCUCCCAGCGGACAGUGAUGCUGAGGAAUGGUUCAAGCCCUCGCCCGACCAGCCUGACCACCACCUUGAGAAUGGCCUCAAGCUACCCGGCGACAUUUACCCGUCGCUGUUUGAUUACCAAAAGACGGGUGUGCAAUGGCUUGCGGAACUCUACGCCCAGAAGGUCGGAGGAAUUGUCGGCGACGAAAUGGGGUUGGGAAAGACUAUCCAGCUGAUUUCUUUUGUCGCUGCCUUGCAUUACAGCAAGAAACUCACAAAGCCGGUUCUCGUCGUGGCUCCAGCAACUGUGCUCCAGCAGUGGGUCAGCGAGUUCCAUCGGUGGUGGCCAGCUCUCCGAGUGUCCAUCCUGCAUUCUUCCGGCAGUGGUAUGCUCAAUCUUGGAAGAGAGGCGCGCUUCGAAGACGAGGAGAUGUGGGAGGAUGCUGCUCAGCCGAGGAAAUCGAGCAACGCUGCAAAAAAGAUUGUGGAUCGAGUGGUCAAGGAUGGCCAUGUUCUAGUCACCACAUAUGCUGGUCUCCAGACUUAUGGUGAUGUGCUGAUUCCCGUUGAAUGGGACUACGCUGUGUUGGAUGAAGGACACAAAAUUCGAAACCCGAAUACCUACAUCACCAUAUGCUGCAAGGAGCUGCGCACGCCCAACCGGAUCAUCCUCUCGGGCACUCCUAUGCAGAACAAUUUGAUCGAGCUUUGGUCUCUUUUCGACUUCAUCAACCCCAUGCGCCUCGGCUCGCUUGUAGCCUUCCGGAACCAAUUUGAGAUUCCAAUCAAGCUAGGUGGUUAUGCCAACGCGACGAAUCUUCAGGUUAUGACAGCACAAAAGUGCGCAGAGACCUUGAAGGACACAAUCAGUCCUUACCUGCUGCAGCGCACAAAGAAGGACGUGGCGGCAGACCUUCCCAAGAAGCAGGAGCAGGUCUUGUUCUGCAAGCUGACCGCCGUCCAACGUGAUGCAUACGAGCAGUUCCUAAGGUCUGACGAGAUGAAUGCCAUCCUCAACCACACACGCAAGUCACUUUUCGGCAUUGACCAACUGAGGAAGAUAUGCAACCAUCCAGACCUACUGUUUCCACAUCGAAAGAAUAGAACAGAUUACAAAUGGGGCUCAGCGCGUCAAUCGGGCAAGAUGCAGGUCGUCAAAAAGCUUGUGCACUUGUGGAAGCGCUUUGGUCACAAGAUCCUGCUUUUCAGCCAGGGUGUCCAGAUGCUCGAUAUUCUGGAGGCGUUUGUCAGGCGGCAAGAUGACAUCAACUUCCUUCGCAUGGAUGGAAAGACCCCGGUGAAGGAGCGACAGAAACUUGUUGACAAAUUCAACAAUGAUCCCAACAUUCAUCUGUUCCUCCUCACUACCAAAGUCGGCGGCUUGGGUGUCAACCUCACCGGUGCCAGUAGGGUCAUCAUCUACGAUCCAGACUGGAACCCCUCCACCGAUGUACAGGCCCGGGAGAGGGCCUGGCGAUUGGGACAGAAGAAGGAGGUCACCAUCUUCCGUUUGAUGACGGCCGGCACCAUUGAGGAGAAGAUCUACCACCGGCAGAUCUUCAAACAAUUUCUUGCGAACAAGGUCCUUAAGGACCCGAAGCAGCGCACGACGCUGAACCUCAGUGACAUGCAUGAUCUGUUCACUCUCGACACGGACCAUGGUGGUGCUACAGAGACGAGCCGGCUCUUCCAAGGCAGCGAAGUCGCGGCCGGUAUCGCGCCGAAGCCCAAGAUAGCGCCUGGGAACGCGAACUAUGACCUCGAAGACCAGCAUGCCAGAAUGGCGGCGAAUAUGGCGACAGCGGUUAAUGAAGAGGGCGAGGAUGAUAAGCUGCGAGAGAUCGAAGGUGUGGCCGGAGUGGAAGAGUUCAAGGAGGCCGAGGAAAGCAACUCUGGUGACGAGGACCGCAUCAUGGCCGGAAUCUUCGCGCGUGGAGUUCACGAGGCCCUGGAGCAUGACGAGAUUGUCAACGGAAAGAAGACAGUGAAGGCCGACCGCAACAUUCUCGAGCGCGAGGCGAACCGUGUUGCUGCCGAGGCAGCUGACCACCUGCGUCGGUCCCGGGAGCAGGCCCGCAACGUGCCCAUUGGCACCGUCACCUGGACCGGCGAGCAUGGCCAAGCUGGCGCGCCGCGCCUGCCGAACGUCAACCGUGGGCGAGGAGGGCCCAGCUCGGCCGGGGUUCUGGCUGGUAUCCGUGACCGCCAGGGUCUCGGAGGUGGAGGCAGCGGCAGUGCGGGCAGCUCUCGCUCGGCCACUCCGCCGACCAACGGCCGAUACGGGGUGAAGGAGUUCAAGGAGAUGAUCCCGGCCUUUGUCCGACGCCAUGGAGGCAAGUGCCCAUCUAAGGUGCUGGUGGACCACUUCAACCCAUACUGUCAUACGAAGAAGGCAACGGAGGCGUUCAAGGCGGCGCUGAAUGCGGUGGCGAGGAUGGAGCAGGCGGGCAGCACGAUGAGAGGCAUCUGGACCUUGAGACCGGAAUAUAAGUGA